UUCGUGGCCAUGUUGGCUAUAUGACGUCAAAGGUAACAGCCGGUGAUUUUGUGAAACGUGUCAAUCGUGUAUACUUUUGUUUCAAAUAGUGUUUUAUAUGGUUCUCUGAGUGUAUGUUGAUUUAUAUCUAAUUUAGUUAACAUGAAUACAAAAACUGUUCUAUUAUUUGUCGUGUUAGGAAUUAUAGUAAGUGUAUGUAGUGGAGCGACGACGACAACUUCUUAUGUGUCUGUUGUUGAUAAAGCACGGUUAAAACAAGUGUUAUCAGUCGCGUGGGACUUGAGAGAUGUAGCAGCUGUUAACUACGCUGUGUCUGGAUACAAGAUACUUGGUGAGCAGAUUCCGAAACAGGAGGAAGUGUGCAAGUUCUUGUUGCUGCGUGCUAGUGAUAAAGCUGCCACACUAGAAGACCUUUACCACGUAACUAACGCCUGGAAGUCGCUUGGAAAAUGCACAGGAAGCCUGCCUGUGGCAGCUAUUGCAAAGACUUUGACACAGGUAAGCGAGUCGGAAACUUCUACUGUACCAGAACUGUAUUUUGCGGUGCAAGGUCUAACUAACCUCAACCAGAAGAAAGGAGAUGCUUCAAAGCUGAUUAAAACCCUUCAGGCUGCCCUGAAGAAAGAUGACAGUUUGCUAAACUUGGGAUAUUCUUUCCACAUCGCAGCACACUUAGGCACCGAUGGGACAUUUGCAUUUGAUCGCAUUGAGGAUGCCAUAGUUCAAGCUGAUGAAGUUGAUAGUCGAUUUUUGCAGUUUGAAGGCGGUCUGAGCAUCACUGCGCUGUUAGUAAAUGGUGCGUACCAGCUAGCCAGCACUGUAAACAAGCCACCUCCCAUCACUGGUGAUCAGGCUAUAAAGUUUGCCAAUUACUUUCUCAGCCGCAGAUCAGUGCAGACUACAAAGGGAGUGUAUAACUUGUUAGAGGUGCUUAAUGUGUUAACAAAGAACAAAUUUCAUUUACCUGUGGCCAUCACAUUAGCAAGCCAGGCAGCAGUUUCUCUUGAGCAGCCUCACGUCACUGUGAAAGUAAGCGACUUGUUGGGCCACCCACUCAGCACGUCACCCCUCAUCGUAACUGCGGAGUCUGCGACCAGAGUGGGUGAUGAAGUGGUCGUGCUGUCCAAGAAGAAAUUCGAGCCGACGAAAGGAGAUACGACUCUUUACACCGUCAAUCUCAUGGAAACUAAGCCAGAGCGAGGUUUCUACAAACUGACUGUGAGCGCCGCCCUGCCCAAGCCAGACCCACGUCUGGUCGGUAAUGUGGGAGCCUCUCUUGCCAUCAAGGUGAUGACUUCGGUCUCCGUGGAGAACACACAAGUGGGUACGGCCGAUGCGGAUCAAACGACGCAGGCUAAACUGGCCACAGUGGCAUAUCCCUCAAAACUUUCAAAUGUCUUGGAAGCCGACACGCUCCAGAAAUUGAUGAUGAAGUUUGUCCUAAAAGACAAGAGCACAGGGAAACCAAUGACUGUUCACCAAGCGUUUGUAAAGUUGACACACAAGGAGACCAGCUCAGAGAUAAUAUUGGUGGCAGAGCCAGACAGUUCCAAAACGUACAAGCUGGACUUGGACGUGGGGCUGAAAGCAGGGGAGUUCGGACACCUCGGGGGGCUGUACUCCGUGGAGCUUCUGGUGGGGGACGCGGUGCUCACCAAUCCCUUCUCGUGGCACGUUGCGGAUGUGAAGCUCAGGUUCCAGGAGCAGGCAAGCCCUCGCCUUGCACGCGACCCAUACCUGUACGCACCCCGGCCGGAGAUACAGCACCUGUUCCGGGAGCCGGAGCGCCGCCCGCCCGCGACUGUGUCCAGCCUGUUCACGGCGCUCGUGGGGCUGCCCUUGCUCGUGCUGCUGGUGCUGUGGGCUCGCCUGGGCGUAAACGUCUCCAACUUUCCGUGCUCACCGAGCGCCGUGCUGUUCCACAUAGGCCUGGCCGCUAUCUUCUCCUUGUUCGGGGUGUUCUGGCUGCGACUGGACAUGUUCCAGACAGUCAAGUACCUCCUGGGGCUGGGCGUGGUUACAUUCCUGUCCGGCAACAAGCUGCUGGCACACAUUGCCAAGGCACGCACCGCGCACGGCUAGAGACCUGUUGCCUGUGCGGCUGGUCCACGCUUCUGCUUUCUUCAUGACUGGGAAAGUACCUGAUAGUUAAAAAAUAGAAAAAGUGGUUUGAUUUAAACAUUACAGUGAUUGAAAUACCACUGCAUGUGUGUGCAUUCUUUUGUGUAAAUUUUGGUGUUUUUUAUUAUUUUUCAAACCACUGUUAAUGUUUUUACUAAAACAUGUCCAAAUUACAAUUCAUUAUGCAUUUUUUUAAAAUAUUUUCACAAUCUGUCUUUUUUUUUUCUAGCCUUUUGGUAAGUUACCUGUAUGUCAGCUAAUAAGUUUUUAUAUUUUGUGAUAUAUUUUAUGUAACAUAAAUCUGAUGAGUUUGGGAGCGUUAUAUUCUCCAUCUUCUCAAACUGCUACGCAUACCCGUCAUGGUUGCACAACACUGCCAGAGGCCAGAAUCAUGAUUACUUCCCAUAGCAGAAAAGCUGUUUACUGGUGGGAUAUCCUAUUCAUUUCAAUUGGUAUUUAAAUGCAUUAUGUGAGAAAUUAGAACAGUAAUAGUGUAGUGCAAUUGCUGUAAUGUGUGAUGAAACUGAAUGUUCGGAAAUGUUUAUUUUGGUACUGGUAUCUCGAAUGAUUAUUCUGCAGAGUAGCAGGUUAAUAAUAACUAAAGUGAAAGGUUGGUUAUUUUUGAUCUAAUACAUGAAUAAAUAAUAUAUAUUUAAUACGAACCUAUACACAAUCAAUAUUAUUAAUGUAGGUAGCUGAUUCUAAUUAGCCCAUCAUAUAAGCCCUUAUCUUCUUGAUACUCUACAAAAUUACUGUAGGUAGUUUAAGUUAUUGAAAUUUACAAAAUACUUGUUGCUGAUAUAUGUAUAUGAAAAAUACAAAAUUUAAGCAAAGAAUGAACUUUUGUAAGCUGCUGUGCCUAUCUUUAAGUUGGGGGGGGGGGGGGUAGAUUUAUUGAAAAUUUCUUGAAUUGUCGUUUAGCAAUCCACAUUAUAAACUUUGAAAACUGAAGUAACUUAAAUUACGAACACUUGCUUAAUGUCAUUCGUUAUCAAGUGAAAAAUAAUAUUAUACUCUACAACUAGACAGUUUUCUUCAAAAUUGUGUUUAGCUGAAAAUAUGUUGUAUAGAAACAACAUAAAAUAUAAGACACAAAUUCUAAGGGGUCCUUAUUAAAGAAUAUCAAAAUUAUAUUUUAAUUUUUAUUCACAUUUAUAUGGCUUUCUGUGCUGAACUAAUUUAAUUAUAUACAAGGCUAUCAUGAUUUGAAACAAUUUUCUAGCUUAAUAUUUUUGUAAUUGUCAGUGAUUUUUACCCUACAGUAUGUUCUGUUUUUCUAAGCGCUCGCUUCCAUCUGGUUUUUUUAUAAUCCAGUCUGAAUUGAAAAAUGUGGUUUCUUGGGAUAAUGGAACAACUUUAGUAAUACCGACUCAAAAAUACCAUUUUCUGAAUUUUUAUUUUUUUUUUAUUAAAAAGAGCUCCUAAACCCUACUGUUACCCACUUUGAUUGGUUUCUGGUGAUCACACUUGACAACCAGUCUGUUUGGUGGCCAUGGAAGAGAAAAUGUUUGUGUGCCAGUGCUAACUACCACACCUGACAGCAACUCCUGUGCUGACAUCGACAGGGUCAUCGUACAGACUAAAAAUAUUUCCAUGUUUGCAUAUUUAUACGGAUAAGUAUUGUGGUACCAGCACUAUCAAACAAAAGCUCUAUUGUUUCAACUAUAAUUUUACUCUGCCAUUAGUCUUUUUCACUUUUCAGUCCGAAUUUAACUUGCACAGUAUAAAAGUCAUUCUUUAUUGAAAUCGGAAGUAACUCCUGGGUAAGUUUAUUAUUGUUUUUUUUUUUUUUAAAUUUUACUUCACCAGGGCAGUGUUCAUUGCUGCAUGCUUAUUGCUGUGGCAGUUUGUCACAAAAAAGCUCAUGACUGAUUUUUGGGCUCACGUGAUUACAAUAGUGGGAUCAGGUGUGGAAAGUGUAUUAUUUUAGUUUACAUUAUUGUUGUUAAACAUUUGAGGAGAGAAAUUUUUGUCAGCCACUGUACCAAUCACUGCCUAGCUAGUAAGUAACUCAUUUUGUGUAGAAAUAAUUUAUAUGCUUCUAGACAUAGUUUUAAAUCCAAUACCAUGUGAACAUGGCGUUGUGCACUUUCCUUGUUGGGCUGGGUUUGUCAGAAACUGAACUUCAGUGUGUCUACAGGAUACAAAAGUCAUAAAGAAAAGAACUCUUAAGGAUUGGUCAGGAAAGUCACGAAACUUUAAUUUCCAGCAUCUUUUGCUAACUCUUAUUUUGGUUUUUGAUGCUUCACAUUAAAUAGUUGGGGAUAGUUCACUUAAACUGCAAAUGUAAAAAUUAGCAUGUUUUUUGCAAAUAGUAGUAUUUUUGUUUGAAUUCAUUUUGCAUAUUAUAAUAUUAAUAAUACUUUGAUGUAAACAAGUUGUAAGAAAAUGUCAUUAUAAGUUCCUGAAAAUAAAAUCCUGAAAUUGGUUCACCAGGUAGGCCUACUUGUAUAAACCAUGAACUCUGGUCAAAGACUAAACGAAGUGGAGAAAAUAAUUGUGUGUUUAUUUUUUUCCUGUGGUGGAAGUGAAUCAUGUUGAACAAUCUUCACGUACCACAUUUGAAUGGAAACUGCAGUGGUAGUUUAGCAAACCAAAUCUUGGUUUUAGUUGUAUUGUAAUUUGGUGUUUUGCAUUUACAGUAAUGUGUGUGAUGAAUUCCAUACACCUGGAUAGAACAGCACUUUUAUAACUCUUGGUGUGAUUCUGGUUACAGUAAUGUUUGAAUUGUGGGUAUGUUGAUGAUUGCUGCGACAAAUAAAUGGUGGUGUUUCAGAUGUUAUUGGUUAUCAA